AUGUCUCGCUGGAUUAUGAUCGAUAACACGAGCCCCUACAUUGCAUACGAAGGCGCAUGGACCGCAUAUCAAGGCUCACAGUUCGAUGGAAUGGGCUGCUACGGCGCGCCAUUCAACAAUACUUUACACGGAACAGCGUCGAACAGCAGUGUUUCAUUCAAAUUCCAUGAGAUAGGCUCUGCCGUCAUCGUAUAUGGGACCCAGCAGUACAACAGCACCGACCUCUCAACGCCCGUCACCAACCCUUCCUGGGAGUGCUUUAUUGACGGCCUUAGUGGGCCCAUAGUGGCGCAGCCCGGCUCAGCCGUCUUCGGGAACAACAUUCCAUUGUGUGCGGUAUCCGGGUUGCAAGACGGUUCAGAGCACACAAUCACGACUCGCGCGCGUGUUGAAGGGGAUCGCACGUUCUGGUUCGACUAUGUCAGGUAUUUACCAUCAGCCAGUGUGCCACUAGACAACGCGACACUGUGGAUUGACGCGGGGGACUCCCAGAUCCAGUAUAGCACUGGGUGGGAGAGCGCGUCCGCGCUCACAAACAAUGAGAAUGGGUUUCCAAAGGUGGUAAAUACAGCAGGUCCAGCGCUGGAGUUCAGUUUUGUCGGAAACAUGAUAUCCUGGUAUGCAGCAUCUUUGAACCCGAACUUGAACAGAAAGGGGUCGGCGUCGUUCAGCAUUGACAACGGUACCUUGACGACAUUCGGUGUAUUCGACCACCCAACGAUAUCAAAUGCAAUUCUGCCUUCCAAUAUACUUCUCUUCCACGCAUCUAUACCGUCUUCACCCACUCAGAAAUCCCACAAGCUGCAAGUGGCAUAUGAUUCCACCUCGAAGGAUACGCAGGUUGUGCAGCCACUGUCACUCGACCACCUGAUUGUUCAGAACGGGACAGGUGUGGGCCCAUUCGGGCCUCAAGUUCCCGACGGUUCAACAAGCCCGCCCUCAAACAAUGCUGUUGCCUCCCACAAAUUGUUAGUCUCGCAAUUAGGUAUAAUUUUAGGUAACCUCCUUGGCGGCCUGGUGCUCAUUGGUACAGUGUUGAGCCUCGUAUGGUAUUACCACCACCUACGCCAGCAGCGAUGUGACAUGAACACAACCAUUCAUGGCACAUUUGAACGUGGUGAGGACGAUGGGGACGCUGCGACUGGGAUUAACCUCAGCAAGCGAUCGACACUUGUGCGGCCGUAUACUCUUUCUCGAGUCAGCAUCGAUGGUACAGAUAGAAGGCCCCGGAGGCCACAUUUAAAGACGGAUGAAGCGGGAGUUACACCCACCCCACGAGUGCUAGGUGAUCCACCUAGAGAACGACGCAUCUCGUGUCCUCCCUCGCUUUCACCUCCUUCCAACAUUCUCGGCAACAGUGUGCGAGACGAGGAUAGCGGAAUUAGACUGCGCAAUGGGGUUGAUCCUCUGCAUAACAACGUAAACUGGGGGGGAAUUGUCGUAUUGCCCCCCGAGUACACCCCUUCUUGA